AUGGUGAGUUGUUGGAAAGAGACAGGAAACUGUGUGGAGGACGAGCAGUGUACGGGUGGGACGUCCAAUUCUGUCUCCGGUGCUCAUUUUCCUCACAAGGCAUUUUGGGUCAGUCUCUCAGCUUCUCUGCUUCUGCUCCUCAUUGGUCUGGGUUUGACAGGUCAUUUUGGUCUGCUUAAACCACACUCUCAGGUAUGUCAAAUUGUGAGACUUUCAGCGCCAGAUCAGACAGGAUUUCUGAUCAAUCAGUCUGCAGUAGUGGAUCAGCAGAACCACCUAGUGACCUUUACUGUGACUUCAGCUGCAAAUCAGACUUCCACAGUACUGUUUGAUAUCAAACAUGGUUUGAUAUGUUACAGACCAGAGGAACAGAACAGCUGCUUCCUGCAGAAGAUGCAACAGUUUGAUUAUGACAACAUUCAAUCCCUCCUUCAGAAGAAAGCACAUCAGAGUUAUUACCAGCUGACUGGGAAUGAGACCCAGUGGAAGACACAGUUCCUGGGGGUUCCAGCAGACAGUCGGGUGGACAUGUCCACACUUGACAAACCAUUGCAGGGUCUGUGCAACAAUAGCUCUGUCCAUUGGACCAAGAUGGCUCAUGGUCCAGGGAAACAGAGGCUGGUCUACUUCUGCAUUGACGUUUGCUUUCCCAGCAACAUCUGCGUCUCUGUCUGUUUCUACUACCUGCCGGAGUGAUGCUGGAUCUCGCAACAACAGACCAGCAGGAAAAACCAGGCACUGCAAAAUAGAAGGCAGAAAGCAACAGAACAAAAGCCUGCUUUGAUGGUUUCUAUGCCAUACAGUUGCUAGUAAAACUGUCCAAACCUCCUGAGUCCAUUUCAAUCCAUCCAAGAGGAAAACAGA